AAACUCCAUGAAUCCCAGACCCCUCCAGCCACUGACCCUAUGUCUUCACAAGCGGGACUUCCUUCCCGGACAGUGGAUCGUGGACAACAUCAUGAGCGCCAUGGAGCGCAGCCGGCGGACCGUCUUCAUCCUCUCAGAGAACUUUGUCCAGUCUGACUGGUGUCGCUACGAGCUGGACUUCUCUCAUUUCUGGCUUUUCGACGGGGACGCCGGCGGCGACCCGGCCAUCCUGAUCUUGCUGGAGCCGCUGUCCAAGGACGACAUCCCCAAGCGCUUCUGCAAACUGCGCAAACUCAUGAGCUCCACCACGUACCUGGAGUGGCCCAAGGAGGAGAGAAGGGAGGAGUUCUGGAGGAGUCUCCGCAACUCUCUGAGAGGAGGAGAGGAGGAUGACUGAGAGAGAGAGAGAUGGAGAGAAAGAGUGAGCACAAAAAGCAACAAAC